UAAGUCUAAUAAUGUUGAGUUUUAUAAAGAAUUUGCUGUUCGCUUUGAAAUUUCAUUGUGAAUACCCAGGUAUUGAGUCUUUUGGUCAUUUAGGACAAAUGGUUGAAACGGAAUUGAAAAAUUCAACAACAAAUUCGAUCCCGGUAAUCUCUAGAAGAGAAAUUGCAAACCCAAAGGGUAUUGAGCCAUUGAGUGGUUUACCGACAGGCAUUGAAACCGAUUUGUUCAGUUUAGAAACAAAGUUAAGCAAGCCAAUAUUUAAAAGAGAAGUUGCAAACCCAAAGGUUCAAAAACGAGAUGCAAAUAGCUAUCGAUUGUUUAAAGAAAUAGAUAACUAUAAAAAGAAAUUCCAGCGUGGCAUAACAAAUUAGGAAAAUGGGUUUGAAAAUCAACGGAUUUAUCACCUUAUAUUAAAUUUAUCACGUUAUAUUAGAUUUAUCACUUUAUAUU